AGUUCAGCUCCGACCAAAACAAACGCUAGUCGAGAAAAUUAGAGCUGGCUUGUUUCUAUAUAGGUUCUGCGGAGAAUUUCAAACCCAAACCCGAACGAGCCAUAUGGUGUGUUAAAAAUUGUUUUUCUUUUUGCAAACAUAAGUAAAUUUGUGACCACCGUGGCUGUGGACAAAUGCGCCGCUGGUGAAUAAGUUAACGCGUGUGCCAGCUGUGCAAACCUCUCGGACGCCCGCUAUCAGCAACCAAGCAUCUAUCAACCCGUAUCUUUUUUUGGUUUCGUUUGCCUUAACCUUCUCCGUUUCAAUGAGCAGCAGUUCGUAGCCCUCGAAUUUUGCGUCCGAUUGGCUGUGCCUUUACUUGCCCGGUGCCAGUGAAGAGGUACAGCAAUGAAAUUGCAGCUUACGAUGGGCCGCAGCCAAAGUCCGGUAAUGGACAAGGAGCCGGAAGCGGUGAAAGGCGGUGGGUAUGAGGCAACGUCGGUGAACGGACCGGAGGACGACUUUGAGCUGUGGGACCAGAGCAAAGCGCUGCGUUCCGAGUACCGGGACAAUCGGUGGAGCCAGAACGGAUGGUCCUCCUGCAUUCCGAUAACCAUCAUACUAGUGCUGAUUGUGCUGGUGGUGCUGCUUCCGCUGAUGGACCAUAGCGAUCGUGUAGGGGACGAACCGGCCAGGGCCGGCAUGGGCCGAUUCGGGCAACCGGCCUGUCCGGACAAAUGUUCGAUCGAGCUGGUGGAAAGCAUACCGGAGGGUAUGACCUACCCGGACGGUAGCCCAUCAUUCCGAACCACCUUCCAGGCCUGGAUGACGUUGCUCGAGCUGGCACAGACGACGGUCGAGAUUGGGUCGUUCUACUGGACGCUGAAGGGCGCGGACGUUUACAACCAUUCGUCCGCCCGCGAAGGUGAGAUGAUAUUUCGCAAACUGUUCGAGGCGGGUACGGUGCGGAAGCUGCAGGUGAAAAUUGCUCAAAGUGCACCGACGUCCGCCUCGCCGAAUCUGGACACGGAUCUGCUGGCCAAGCAGGGUGCCGCCCUGGUACGGUCGGUCGACUUUCCUCGGCUGGUCGGGGGCGGCGUGCUGCACACGAAGGUGUGGAUUGUAGACCGGCAGCACUUCUAUCUCGGCAGUGCCAACAUGGACUGGCGGUCGCUAACGCAGGUGAAAGAGCUGGGCGUGCUGGGCACCAACUGCUCCUGUCUGGUGGCCGAUCUAGCGAAGAUAUUCGACGUGUACUGGGAUAUGGGUGCUUCCGAUGCCCGGUUGCCACCGAAGUGGCCGAAAGAGUAUGCCGCCAGCUUCAACUAUUCUGCGCCCGCCCAUGUAGAAUUCAAUGGACAACCGGCAAUGGACACUUACUUCUCGAGCUCACCACCAAUGAUGUCACCGGCAGGGCGCACGGACGAUCUCUUUGCAAUCAUAGACGUUAUCAAUAAGGCAAACCGUUUCGUGCACAUCUCGGUGAUGGAUUAUUUCCCCCUAACGCUUUACACGCGCAUCACGCACUACUGGCCUUACAUUGAUGAUGCGCUGCGUAAGGCGGCUAUCGAGCGCAAGAUCUCGCUGCGGCUGCUCAUCUCGCUCUGGGACCAUUCGCGACCCUCGGAAGAAUACUUUCUGCACUCGCUCGAAGCACUGUCGAACGCGCUGAACGGUGUUGACAUACAGAUACGCCGGUUUAUCGUGCCCGCGUCCGACGACCAGAAGAAGAUACCGUUCGGCCGGGUCAACCACAACAAGUACAUGGUAACGGACAACACGGCGUACAUCGGCACCUCGAACUGGUCCGGCGAUUAUUUCAUCGAUACGGCUGGCAUCGGCAUGGUGAUCUCGUCGUUCGAUACCAAUGGCACCAUCAUACAGGAGCUGCAGUCCGUGUUCGAGCGCGACUGGAACAGCAAGUAUGCGGUACGCUUAAGCUAGGUUGUAGCGGGCCAGCCACCAUUCUACUGUGACUACGUUCACAAGCUCAACAUUGAACACGCUGCUAGCUUUCGCCUGUAGCUGAUUAUUGUAAGCUGCGCUUCUGAGAGCACGUUGUAAAUGGAUGCCUUACAAAAAAAAAAAACACGAGUUUCAUGUGCCUUAAUGCGAUCGGUCGGUUAGUGAAAAAUUUUAGCGCAAAAAGUAAACAUGCUACAUAUUUCGGUGCACCGUAAAUCUAAGCCGUAACGAUGGUAGUGAAAUCUUUUUGAUUGUUAUAUAAUUUUCUCAAUUUUGUCGAUUAUGCUCAAUUAUUUGUCUAAGAUGUUUUCGGUAGAGUGUAGCCGUAGCAUUUGGCGCGAUUAGAUAUGUGGUAACAAGUUUUCAAAAUUUAAAUGUAGUUUGACGUUUGUAUCUCUUCCCUCUAGUCAGUAUAUUGAACGAUAUGCGUGACGUGUAGCUAAUGCUAUUUUGUAAUAAAUUACAUAUCAUUGCCCGUACGUA